UGAACCUCAGUGAGCUAAUAUUAGCUAUGGGAAAUAGUUCUGUGAUCGUGAAGUAGACUUUGCUUGUCGAUCUCAUUUUCGAUUUUAUCACCUGAAAUUUCUGUUAGUUAGCUACAAAAAAUAAGGUGGAUGACAAUUGCUGGCAUUUACUGUUUCAUUUGAACAACAUGGAAUUUCUGGAUACUUCAGAUAGUGAAGGGACGGCAGUGGCGGACUCGGAGAGCGAUGUAGACGAUAAUUUAUACGCUAGCAGGUUAAUGUGUGCAGAUUCAUUUUCACUGUCACCGCGGUUGAAGGUAUCUUUUUGUGCCACUGAAUGUUCUCCAGUGAUAAAACCACUACCUCGCAGAAAACUGACUGAAGCGGAGAAGACUGCACUAAUUUCAAGAAAGAUAAAUGCUUCAGGAUCUGUUUCAAGCUCUGAAGAGGUGCUGGCUUGUGGAGAUGAAGGGUGUAGUGACUCUCAGCAGGAGAAGGGAUGCACAGCAGCUGUGAAUUGUGAGGGAUUAAACAAAGGUGUCAGGAACGGACGGAAGGGCAAAGCAGAAUCAGAUGAACUGCAUCCAUCGGCUGUGGGGAAGCCUGUAAGCCCUGAUGUGGUGGUCAUGGUAACACCGGGAGCACAGAGAUGCAGGAGUGGCAUCAGGGCCGGUGCAGCCUCUGAUCGGCCUCAGUCGCGUCCCCGCGUCUGCGAACCGUCCUCAGGAACCCCUCGUCCGAGACGCCCCCUCCCUUCCCGCCACAUCCCCGCGGCAUCGCGGGAGGAGCCUGGCAGAAGAGGGGGGGCGGGGGGGCGCACGACGCUUCGCGGCUCGCAGGGGAAAGGAGGGAGCAGGAGAGAGGGGCCAGCUCGGGCUGGGAAUACAGAGCCCGGGCCAAGCCUGCCUUCUAGAAACUUCUCUGAGAAGGAGACCCUGAGCAGGGUCCCAUCAGCGCGGACCCGUGUGAAACAGAGGGAGGGAGAACUGGGCCACAAACCAGAGUCUGAGCCAAAGCCCGACACUAAACACACAGCCCAAACCAGCAGGAGUGGAUGCUGUGCGUCUGAGCCUGCUGUAGCGGAGGAUUCCACGCAGCAGGACAGGAUGUCCUGUCAGUCUCCUCCGCAGCCAAUGGGACGAAGGAAAACUGAACAGAGGCCCACCCACACCCGAUCAGCCCGCGACCGCGCACGGAGAAACGGCGGCGGUGUUUCCAGAAGGGCGGAACCCGGGUCCAGGCAGAGCGCCCGAAGACUCCGCCCUCUUUCCAGGAACAUGGAACUGGAGACUAAAAGGAAGAGGAAGGCAUCCCCUGAAUGUGAGCUUUCAGUGUCUGGGAACCACAGUAGCAAUCAGAGAAAGCGGAAACAAGAAAUAAACCAUGGCGCACAAGCUGAAUCUGAAAAGUGCAGCAAGACUCCAAAGAGUAAAAAGAAAGCAGCGCUGAGGUCCAGAGGCGGAAAGGGCCCGCCUCUCAGCGCCAUCAACCGGAGGAACCUGCAGGGAGAGACGCUGCUGCACCGAGCGGCGAUGGACGGAGACGUGAGGCUGAUGAGGGCCAUGCUGCAGCUGGACGUGGACGUGAAUGGAGCCGAUUACGCAGGUUGGACCCCCCUGCAUGAGGCAGCGAUCGGAGGCUGCUAUGAAAUAGCAGCAGCUCUGCUGGAGGCUGGAGCUGUAGUCAACUGCAUAGGGGACAAAGGAACCACUCCUUUGCAUGACGCCAUAGGCUACGGUCACCAUCAGGUUGCUCAGCUGCUUCUGGACAGCGGUGCUAAUCCCACAAUGAAAAACGAGCAGGGGAAGACUGCCCUCGACAUGACAGAUGACAGCUCCUUGAGAAAAAUGAUUGAAAGAUACUUACCCAGGACUAGACGAAUAUCAGUGUCAGCUCAAAGAAGGUCCAACCAUAACCCUGUUCAAGAAGACAGUAACAGGCAGCAAGUCACGUGCAAGAUGCAAAAGAAAGUGGAGGAAAGUGCCGCUAAGUCCUCGCACAGCUCGGCUGAGGCUGUAAGAACCAGAAGCAGAACCCCUGCAGCCCAGGGAAUAAUGAGCCAAUCCCCUGUGGCCCAGAGGACAGUGAGCCAAUCCCCUGUGGCCCAGAGGACAGUGAGCCAAUCCCCUGUGGCCCAGAGGACAAUCAGCCAAUCCCCUGUGGCUCAGAGGACAGUGAGCCAAUCCCCUGCGGCCCAGAGGACAAUCAGCCAAUCCCCUGUGGCCCAGAGGACAAUCGGUCAAUCCCCUGCGGCCCAGAGGACAGUGAGCCAAUCCCCUGUGGCCCAGAGGACAAUCGGUCAAUCCCCUGCGGCCCAGAGGACAAUGAGCCAAUCCCCUAUGACCCAGAGGACAGUGAGCCCAUCCCCUGGACCCCAGAGGGCUAUGAGCCAAUCUCCUGUGGCCCAGAGAACAAUGAGCCAAUCCCCUGUGGCUCAGAGGACCGUGAGCCAAUCUUCUGUGGCCCAGAGGACAAUGAGCCAAUCCCCUGUGGCCCGGAUUACAAGAAGAAGGACUGGAGCCGGGAGUGGCUGGAAUGACAGCCGUUUAGAUUUACUUGCACUCGGGGGUGUGUUGUGUGAGGCAGGGAGCAGAGAAAUAUCUGCUGAACUUCGAGACGAGCGUGGCACAGAACAGGACAGGAGUAAACCGGCAAAAUCAGAGGACAGGAAGACUGCUUCUGCAUGCCAUUGUUCUCAACAGGAUGUCCAGACGGAUGCAGACAUUUGCAAUAGUCGUUUUUCGCUCAGCAAAAUCAGAAAUGGAAUUCUUGAUUAUGAUUUGGUGAAGCAAAUGCCAGAAUCUAAUUUGAUUCCCUGCCUUGAUAAAACUGGAGACCGGCGUUGUGUUGAAAAUACCCAGGAACAACAGGGUGAUUUACAUAAUAGCAGAAGCCCCGAUUUAGUGGGCAGCAUGGAAGCUGAAAAUAAAACCAGGACAAAGGGGCCCCAAGCAGUGGGGUGUGAACCUGAGUUACAGGAUGAUACAGUGUCCCAGAGCAUACUGCCUUCUCUGCCUGUGGCAGAUAAACCAAAAUCUAAAGGAACCACUUUUGGCCUGAUUCUAGGAAUCAGUGGAGAACCAGUAAUAAACACCAACACAAGUGAUUUGAUACAGAAUCUCUGCGAUAUUCAAAGGGACAACAGACGUGAGAACAGUGGUGACUCUACAGUGGGAAGUGAGAGACAUGUCCUCCCAUUCAAAGCACCAGAGGUUUUAAGAGAUUCUGACUUCUCAACUAACAUGUCUGGUGAAUCUGGGAUUGUUCGCCACAGCCUAGGUGGAUGUGGUGUGGAAGACAAUUUGGAAGAAUGUAGCAUUUCAUUGCUCGCACCUCAUUCAGAUGUGUUCAGACACAUGGUUGUUCAACAGUGUCUCUCCACUGCGGGUGAUAGGCAGGAGGAAACACGGUCAGGUGCAUCAGUAGAGGAACCAACACUGGCCCUCGAGUCUGACAACAGUACUCCAUCCUUGCUGUUCGAAAACCUUAGUAAGAGCGAAGGGUUUUCUCCCAGUGGACUGCGUGUGGAUCGCGAUGACGGACUGCGUGUUGUCUCCAGUGUAAAUGAAAACCAUAACCACGACACAUCAAGCAAAGUCGUCAAUCCCGAGAGUAUGACCGUAUCCUCAGACAUUUCGAUGCAGCAAGGGCCUCCUGAUUCACACGUUAAAGACUGCAGUCUCACGUACAGUAUGGAGGAAGAUCAGAGUAAUCUGCACAGACUCACGUCAAGAACGGUGACUGAACCUGUGCCAAUGACAGGAGCAAGCAGUCACAUGAAAGAGUUAUCUGACUCACAAAACAGGGGCAGUGAGCACCAGAAGAAAUCUGUACAAAACUAUAUUGUUGCAGAACACUUGCAUGCAGUAGAGCAGGUGUCUGAAUUGACAGAGAUCAAUGGCAAUGCACAUUCUACUCUCAGUUCUGAGAAUGCUGACAGGACUAGAGGAAGACUCAUGGAAGAGGAAUGUUCGUUGUUGAAUUGCAGCCAGACAGAUUUAUCCGGAAAUUAUGUCCAGGGAAAAGAGAUGGGAGGGAUGCACACAGACGCAAUCCUGAAAAUAUCUCCUGAAAGACCCGGCUUACAGUGUGGAGAGCAGCUUCUAAAGGGAACACUCCUGUAUAACUCUGCAUCCAUCACUUCUAGUUGUUCUGAAACCCAAGUGACCUCAACCAUCCAGGAAAUGGAAAACACAUUAGUCACUGAAAGUUAUACGCAAAAAAUGGAGUCUAGAAGUAGUAAAGAAAGCCUCAAUAGUAAUCAAAUUAAUUCAUUAAGCACAUGUAACUCUAAAGACAUGGAACUAGCCUGCGGUAUAGGGGGAAGCUUUGACCUUGCCAUGAAUGAUGCUACUGUCAUAGAAGACGUAGAUGGCAAAACGAACAGCUCAUAUGACUCCGACUGCACUAUGAUCUCAGAAUCUAAUUACAUGGAACGCAACAGUUUUGGUACAGCUUUAGAAAAUGUCUGUCUACAUCCAGAGCUAACAUUGGGUUCCACUAAGGGUCAAGUAAAGGACAAUGGAAAGCGUAGCUUUGAAAAUGCAUUUGGAACAAGCAUAGAGAGUAAUACUGGAAACUGCAAGGGAAACGUCACCUUUUCUGCACAAUUAAACUCAGCCAGCACAGUGGAUUCUGGCCAUAAGACAAGCAAUGUGGGAAUCUGUGUAGAUGUAAAACACCAAAACAAAGACUAUGUCCUCAGCAAUUUCUCUGGCCAACAAAGUCAAAAAAGCAAAAUCAGCAAAACUAAAAAUAGUUGUAAAAAAGACGAAGAGAUUCAGCAGAAGAGCAAGCACAAUGCCUCAUCAAAAAAGCAUCCAGGAAGAAGCAAGGUAGUAUGUGCAAGUGCUUGUGCUGCUACCACAUCUUGUGGAGGACCACAACAGGCCUUGAAGUUACCAGUACGAAACAUCAACAAGAGAAACAGCCGAGGAGAAUCGCAUCUUCAUUUAGCUGCCAAGAGAGGGGACCUUGCUCUUGUCAGAGCCUUGAUAGAGGCAGGGAUAAAUGUCAACCAAGCAGAUUAUGCAGGAUGGACAGCUCUGCACGAAGCCAGCGCCCUGGGACACGUGGCUGUGGUGGAGGAGCUGCUGCUCUCGGGGGCCGACAUCAACAGCCGAGGCCUAGAGGGACUCACACCUCUGCAUGACGCUGUCGCCUCAAACCACUAUGAGACUGUCAAGCUCCUCCUUCAGUACGGUUCAAACCCUAAUGACCAAAACGUCUUUGGGAAGAGCCCCUUGGAUUUGGAAUGUGCGGAAUGCAUCAAAGAGUUGCUUUCAACGUUCCGUGGACCUUUUGUAUCACCACGUGAAGGCUCUUCCAAACCCCCCCCAGCAGUAGAGAAAAGAAAGCCAUCAGCCCCUUCCCUUUACUGUGAGAGCGAUCGCAGUUGGAGUGGAACUCGGCCCUCUAAAGAAAGUCAUGGCUGCAGUGAAGUAAGCACGCUGGAAUCCACCAUCACAACUUUAGAGAGCGUGGAAAAGAAGCAAAAGGAGAUGUCAACCUGGGAAUUUUCAAGCCCAGAAGAUAUAGGUAAAUUUUCAGAAGCAUUUUCUCAAAUCCAGGAAGUCCUGAAUGGCGUGUUAAACAAACACAAAGCAGAAAACCGUGAGCUCACCAGAAAGUACAGGAUGGCAUCUGAUUCAUUCAAACAGGGCCUUCUGAGGGAACAGCUCAUGUCCUUAGCCUCAAGACAGAAAUGCCUCCUGAGCAUUCUUCAGAAGCAGAACGCCCUCAAACUCAGUGUUCAGGCACAGAGCUGUCGGCUGCUAGGAGGGCAGCCCUCGACACAGGGCCCAAAACCUGGAGCCGGCGCUCCCUGGGGACGUAACACGGGGCCCUACAGAGGAACACCAGAACAGGAGGCCCCUUUGAGCUGUCAUGGAGGAGUCUCUGAGGAAACUCCCCCUUCCCUGUCCGUUUCUAUUCCCGGAGAUGCAGGCGUCCUGCGCCACUCUAGCGAUUCCACUCACAUUAGCUCGGACACAGAUUCGAUGGAACCUGAGGCCGAGGUUGAUGGCCUGGGAGACGCAGAGGUUGCCAUGCCUCGUACAGAUAAUGCACUUCACCCGGAAACCGGAAGGCCUGGAAGAGGACUGGAGCAGGCUAAGAUCUCUGCACACCAGUCUACACUGCCCUCCUCAUCUCAACCAGCUGCUGGCUCAAGAGGUGAUGAGCAGAGGUCAGAGGUCACAGGUGAAAACGCUGUGGACUGCAGCUCCCAGAUGGCUUUCCUCGAGGUCGCCAACAAUAGCGCAAGCAUUGCCCCAUCAAGCUUCACGGUUGAGCACCACACCUCACAGACGCAUCCAACCAGACCCAACGUCACCCCAGUGCCUUCUUCCUCCACUCUUUACCAAACUGUAUACUUGUCUCAGCCACCGGGUUGGAUCACAGCCCAACAGAAUUCACUCGGUGUGAACAAGACACUUGUACGUACGAAGAAAUCUGGUGCUGGAACUGCAGAUGAUUUACAGGGUAGAGGCUUUCCUCAUGAAGUGCGAGUAAUCGCACAAGGUCAGCGAAACUCCAGUGAAACGCAUUCCACGAAGGGUAGGAAUUCAGCUCCCGGUUAUCCUGUCCCUGAUAAGACCUCUUCUGGAGCAGCUUUGAGUCCUAAAGAUCAGAAGAGUGCAUUUGAGGCAGCUGCUUGUAAGACCCUUCCACAGCAUGGAGACACGGCAGUCAGAAACAGACAGUUGAUCGACCUUAUUCAGCGUGGAGUUAUCAAGCCUGGAGACCAAGCUCUACAGCAGACACUGAAGGUGACUUACAGAUCAAAGUCACCGGUGAUGUAUGCAGAGAGUUCUGACCUGGCAGCGAAGGAUUCCUUAGCAACACAAGCCUUCUUUCCUGAUUUCACACCUGUGGUGACUCACCACACAGAGGAAGCCGUAAAGACCUCUGUCAGCAACUUCAUGGAAAUCAACAGGAUUAUUUUAAUCAGCAAUGACGAGUUUAUGCCCAGCCACUUGAUGGAUCGUUACUGGGACGUCUUUUCACAAAGUGAAGACUGGGCAAUUUAAGUUCAUAAUAUUUUUGUGAUGUUUAGCUGUAUAUUUUUUGGUAUGUAUAAUUUCAGCAAUGCUGAAAUUUGUUUUGUUGUGUAUUGACUUACUGUUUCAGUCGUACUUGUUUUUAACCAUAGAAAUAAAAUUUAUUUUAGUUAAG